AUGGGCUUCGGUUGCCCCUGCGCCCACGAGGCCGACUGCCCCUGCCAUCCCGACGACUCGUGGCUCAAGGCCGGCGUGUGUCCAAAGUGUCCUGUCUUCGGAUGCUUGGAGUGUGACCCCCUGAAGUGUGACGAGUGCAAAAUGUGUGAGCCGGGGGCCAUCCUGUCGACCGACAGGAAGACGUGCUCCUGCGCGUCCUGUGAGGUCACAGGAUGUGCGGAGUGUGACGCCGAGGAGUGUGAUCGGUGCCUGGUUUGCGGUCAAGGGUACGAGCUGACCGUGGACAGGAAGUGUGACUGGAGCGAGUGCCUGGUGGAGCACUGCGAGAAGUGUGACCCACUGAACCGUUACAAGUGCGACACCUGCAACCCCUUUCUCGUCCUCUCAAGCGACCGCAAGUCCUGCGGCUGUCCGGAGUGCGCCAUUGCAGGCUGCGAAAAGUGCGACCCCCAAAAGUGUGACGAGUGCCUGGUCUGCGCCGGCAACGAGGUGCCCAGCGCCGACAGGAGCGCCUGCGGCUGCGAGUGCUCGAUCUCACACUGCGCCGUAUGCGGCAAGGACUGCGACACUUGCGAUAAGUGUGACUACGGUUACGAGGUCUUCGGGGACGGCGCGGGCUGCAAGUGUGACCGCUGCGAGGUGCCGCACUGCAAGGAGUGUGACCCGGAGGACUGCUUGUCGUGCUGGGCGUGCGAUGCGGGGUACACCUUCCCUGCCCCUGUGCUCAGUCAGCGGGAUUCCCAAGAUUUCGCCGAAUAUCCCCCGGAUCAUCCCGGCAGUUCCUCGGAUAUUGCCGAAAACUCUCGGGUUCUCGCCGGAUAUUCCCGGAAUUUCUUCGAAGAUUCCCUGGAUUCCUACGCGGUGGCCGGCUCCUGCGUCUGCGAUGGCUGCGCCGCGCCACACUGCGCCGCCUGCGACCCCUCCAACUGCUCCAGGUGCGCGACCUGCGACGUUGGCUUCCGGAUGGACAAAGCCGGCUCGUGCACGUGUGAGCGAUGCGCCGUCGAUCGAUGCAUGGCCUGCGACCCGCACGACUGCGCCACAUGCACUGCCUGCGAUCCUGGCUUCGAUCUGGCUUCCGACGGAUCGACAUGCUCGUGCGGCGAUUGCGCCAUCCCCCACUGCAAGACCUGCGAUGCCGACGACUGCGGAAGCUGCCUGGAAUGCGAGGACGGCUACGCGGCAGAGUACGGCGCGGGCUGCGUCUGUUCGGCAUGUCAAGUUGCGCACUGCCAGAAGUGCGAUUCUGGCAAUUGCGCUGAGUGUGCGAUCUGUGAGGAGGGCUACUCGACCAGCUCGGACGGUCUGACCUGUGCAUGCGAUUCAUGUCGAUCGCCGAACUGCGAUGCGUGUGCCGAUGAUUGCGACAUAUGCACGGCUUGCGCCGAUGGGUACGUUCUGGAAGGAUCCACAUGCAUCUGCGGGGCGUGCGGGGUGGCGGGGUGCGAGGAGUGUGACCCAGAGGACUGCGGGCGGUGCAAGAAGUGUGUGGAGGGGAUGGAGCCCGACAGGGAGGGGGUGUGCAGGUGCGCAGGCUGCGGCGUCGAUUAUUGCGCCCAAUGCAGCUCCACCCAAUGCGGCGUGUGCGAGGAGUGCGCAGUCUACCAUGAACUUGGAUGGGGCGGAAAGAGCUGCGAAUGCAACUGCAGGUCGAUAGUGGGCUGCAAGGAAGGUGCGUGCGACGAGAACUGCAGAUGCAACGAGUGCUACCCGCCGCUGCAGACCUCGAGCUGCGGCUACUGCCUUCUGGGCCAGUCCGAGCCAGGAUGCGACUGGAUGUGGGUGGACGCCAAAGACGACCUCUCCUGUGCGGACACCUGCGCAAGGCGCGGCGCCAACUUCCCGGCGGCUGUCAACGCGGCCCAAGAAGUCAACGGACCGGUCAACGCGUCGGUCAACGCCAGCGCCGUGUAUCCGUGCUUCGCAGACAUCAAGGGCCAAGAGGGCAUACGACCUGGGCAGAAUAUCGAGGAACAUACCUCCUCAAAAGCAAUAUGCAACACAGAAUAUAAUUCCCAAGGUUUAUCCGGCGUCUGGUCAGAUUACAGAUCCAAGAAUUCUACAUCCUUUUUCUGUGUUUGUCAGACUGAGAGCAUGCCACUGCGUUGGGUCAGCAAGAAGGUGGGUCAGUCGACCAGUCAACGCGUGGGUCAGUUGACUGAAUCCGAGGCCGACGGCUGCCGGGAGGUAUGCGGCACCCAGGGGUUGUUUCCGAUCGCCUUCCCGGGCAGUCACGCGCACAGCAGGGGGCGGAAGAUGGAGUUUGCCGUCUGCAGGGUGAAGGACUCCGAGCACGGCACACGGGAAAGGUACAGCGCAAAGUACUACGAAGGGGGAGUGCACGCCGCAAUGUACAGCGCGGGGUACAACGUGCAGAGCGAGGUGUGGGCGGGGCUGUGCAUGACGCCCACCACGUUUUCGAAGCAGUAUGAUUGUUUGUGCGCCAACGAUUGUCACGAGGCGGACUGCGGGGAUGUGGACAGGUGGUCGCUGGGCAUGGAUAGGUCCCAGAUUCAUGGUUGA